AUGCCGGCCCUGGACGUGUCAUCUUCCAAAACCCAGCGCGCUCCGGGCUCUUCAACAUCCCCAGUGCCUUCUGUCCACAACCACCAUGUGGCCAGACCUUCCUCUGGCCAAGGAAUCUCGGCUGCUGCUGCAGCUUCUGCCAGCGCAUCCGCAGCCGCAGCAGCUACUAUCAACAGCAUAACAAACAACACCUCCAGCGCGCUACAUCCAACCCCAUCAACAACCUCACUCAGCGCUUCUAGCAUCAUUAGUACUACUUCAACUUCAUCAAAACGAGUAGGUCCUUUGUCGAUCGCACCUUUUGUCUCAUCUCCACCAUCCCAAGCAUCUUUACUACAAUCGCAUUCACCGAACCACUCUUCAGUAACAAAUUCCACACUACGCCAACAAGGACCAAACCGGUCGCGCAAGAAACAAAAAGAAGAAUAUCGCAAGCAAUUUCGCACUGCUCAACAAAAUGAACAGAAUGCAGUUCUCUCUACUUCGGCCGUGACGGCUUCUGCUGCUGCAGCUGCCAGCGCGAAGAAAAAAUGUCCGGGAAUCGGUGUGGGUGUUGGCAAUGGUGGCAGCAGUGGAAGCAACAGUAGCAGCAACAGUGGUAGCAGCAGCAGCAGCAGCAGUAAUAAUAAUAGCAACAAUGGCUCUGGUACAGCUAGCCAUUCAAAUAGCAUGCUCAGUUCAAGCAGCAGACCUCCACAGUCCAUUCUUACCGCCAAUGACUCUGUGCUACCAGUAACUUCGAUUUCUUCGAAGAGAACACCUUCAGCCACGCGACCCCGAAUAGAACCUGUACAAAAAAAGUCAAGCCAAACACAAUCUCAGCAGUCUCGAUCAACCACUCUAUCAUCUAUCUCAUCAGCAACAAAAGGCUCCAGUCAACAACAACCACAACAAUAUCUUGAAGUCCCCUCAAACCCAAUUGUCAUUCCUACGUCUCCCAUGUCUUCAUCUUCAUCACCUUCCACAAUGCAUUCGCCAUUGCUUGCAUCUCCUUCUUCAGGGAGCUACUUUUUUUUCCGUCCUGAUAAUCAUCCUCCUUCUUCUGUUGCAUCAGCCUCAGCUGCAGCAGCAUUCAAAAAACUCCCCGUUGCAUCUGUAUCAUCUUCAUCUUCAUCAACAUCCUCAGCCUCUUUCGCAACGUCGCCGUCUGCAGGGUCUAAACACCUUGCAUAUUAUCUUUCAGAUACCAAUGAGCAUGGCCAACGAGCAACUUCUCCGAGUGCAACUUCAGAUUAUUCUGUCUAUUAUCAAUCACAACAGAACCACCAUUCCUUUGACGACCCAGCAUCUGCACAGGCUGCAUCGUCUAGUUUGCUUUCAAAUGCGGCUCGUACAGCUCGUCAGCCAUCACCCAUUGUGACCCUUACAGAGCAUGAUGCUGCGUCGAGCUUGGCUGCGGCCAAACAUAGCAUUUUUACAACCCCCAAGGAAAUUAGCGCACUAGAGAUGCUAAUUCACGAAAAUAACCAGUUGCCACCGAAGCAGCGUCGUGUUGCUCACGCCGCUGCAAAGGCAUUACCAAUGAAUGACACGGAGAGUGACACGAACGCAACUACUACUAAUACAGCUACUGCUUCUGCGACUUCUGAGGAUUCAAUUGAAGAAGAAACUUUGCAACAAGCUGCAGCUCGCAGCGCACAAAUGGGACCACCAUCACCUCUUCUCCAGGCAUCUGGGGCUUCAGCUACAACGGGUAAUAGUGGUGAUACUACAUCAAUAGCAGCUCCUGAAGAUAAUGCCAUCAAGCGUACUGCAAUGAAGGCUGCGUCGCUGGCGACGCAGAAGCAGCAGCAGGAAGCUCAGGCCAAGGAGCAACUUCGUGAGCAACAGCAACAACUAGAAAAGCUGGAAAAACAGGAAAGACUUCAGCAAAUACAGCAACAGAUUCAGCUACAGAUCCAACAUGAGAAACAGCAACAACUAUUGCUCGAUCAGAACCAAGCCAAGUAUAUCUCCAAAGUGGCCAAUCUCCAAAAGCAACAACAACAGCAAAGGGCAGUUGCCCAAUCUUCUACAGCAGCCACAAAACCCAUAUCAACCGCUUCAACAGCAGCUAUUAUAGCAGCUGCAAAUCCACUUGAAGUUGCACCUGCAAAGGAACUUUCACCAAGCCCCGGAUUGAGUCCGAGCUUGGAACCAAACCUAGAAACAGAGUCUGUUGUAGGCGUACCGACCUCUGUUUCUACCUCCACAUCCCCUCCACAAGCAUCAGGUGGCGCCAUUCUUUACUCACCAACGCCAAUUAAAGGUGGUGCACUAAACCAUAUCCCGUUACUUCAAAGCCAUGGCCGGACCUUGAGUGUGGCUCAAAAUAAUAAGAGCUCUACCAGCAUUUCUCAUAAUAAUAAUAAUAAUAACAACAAUAACAAUACACAUCUCAAAGCCCCAAGUGUUCCUAAAAGACCACGCAGUGCGCAAUCGGUUGAUAGCGUUGUGUCCAGUUGGACCGAUGCACAUGCCGCAGAUCACCAACCCCACGCAUCAGCUGCUGCUACGCAUACCUCAACUCAUGCACCGAUCGCUGUCUCCAAACCAAAGGCCAAGAAACUCACUCCUACCCCGGGUGUUCAUCACUCACAAACUCUCCCAGUCUCCACAUCUAUACAGCAACAACACCACCCAACUGUUACACGCGCGGCAACUUCUGUGACCAUCCCAACUAAAUCUUCGAGGCCACUCUCGUACCACGUGGGUCUCGGCUACAUGCCAGGGUCUGCGCCUGCACCUGUUGCACCUUCUCACAUUGGAUUCAAAGCAACGACUUUGCGACAGCACCGCAAAACUAAAUCGUCGUCGUCAUCUGCUCAAAAUUUUGCUUUGCGGUCUUCAGCUACACUCCCCCCAUUGCCAUCACAAUCAUCUUCAUUGGCAGCGGCUGCAGCAUUCCCUGACUUUGAGAAACCGUUGGCGCCGCACGCUCCUCAUUACCAUUUCCCUACUACAUCAUCAUCUUCUUCAUCAAUGGCGUCUGUAGCCCCAAGUGGAAAUCCUUUGCACGCGACCUCAGGUACAGACUCAGCAACUUAUCACACGCGUGGGCUCAUGAAAACUGCAACCACCCUUGCACAAAAUACCAUUGCAAAUGCUACACCCACCAAUCAAAGCAACUCUUCUGCAACCGGCCGUAUUCUAUCGCUGGCCACAUACCCUCAUUCGCAGAUGUCUCACUUUAAUCCUCCAGUGCUCACUAAUUCAUCUUUAACCUCAACUUCAUCUAGCGCUAACGUCGUCGUUCCCACGCUUAGAAGCGGCCGUGGCAACCAUGGCAUUCUGAGUUUGGUUAAGCGUAAACUUAUCCCUGGAGAAAGCAGCAGCAAUAAUGCUAGCAACAAUGGUGGAAACUGUGCUGGUAGUGGUGUCGGUGUAUCUGGCUCGGGCAUUAUUGGAGAGUCUCUACAUGUCGAUGAUGGGGGGCUUAAUCUUUCACGGGUCAAAACGACAAUGCGAAAGCAGAGUCGACGGAAAUCUUUUAAUGAAGACAAGCCAUGGAAACAUCACGUUGACGCUAUGACACUCACUGAUUCCGAAAAGCGGCGAUAUGAAGGUCUUUGGGCUAGCAAUCGUGGCAAGCAUCUCAAAUAUCUUUACCACCCUGAGGACUACGAAGAAGAAGAAGAAGAAGAAGAAGAACAUAAUAAUGAAGAAAAUAAGAAGAUAAUUACACUGGUGCAGACUACAAAACCAGUAGAAGAAUCCGAGGAUGAUUAUGAAGAAGAAGAUGAAGAAGAUUCUGAGUUGUCAGCAUCUUCUGAUGAGGAAUCAGAUCUUGACGAUGAUGAUGAUGAAGAUGAUGAUGAAGAAGAAGAAGACGAUGAUGAUGAUGACGAUGAAGAUGACGAUGACGAGGAAGACGCUUCAGAUAUGGCCAGCAUGACCAGUGGUUAUGAUGAGGAUUUGGAGGAUGAAGACGAGGAGGAUGAAGAAGAAAACGAAAUCAAGCCCCAAGUUCACCACCCUCACCCUGUUCUUAAUCUUCCUGUCGAAGAUGUGCCUUUGCGUCGCACUUCUGCUCCAGAAAUAAUGACGCGUGCUGCCAGUGCUCCUUCUACAGCUUCAGCCCCAGCUCCGUCUAUGAACACAGUUGCUAGCAGUGCCAGCUCACAAUAUCUUACUGCAUGCACUUCACCUACUCCUUCUAUUGCAGAGACAGGUGUAGACACUGAGAUCCGUCGCCACUCUGCAUCUGCUAGUGUCCCUUCCAGAAGCUCUUCUGACAAUCUACCUGACAGUACUGCUAUACCACGCGCUCAAACAGCCAGCCCCACGCUUCAGCAAAAGAAUAACAAGGCUACUAGCAUGGCUGCAGCACUUGCCAUACAUGCGACAGCUGGAUCAUCUCGUUUGAGCCGUUCACCAUCACCGUCUUUAACCUCUGCCCAUGGUAUUUCGCGUGCAUCAAGCCCUUCACCCAUGUAUAUUCAAAGUGUCAAUAACUCACGUGGGGCCUCACCCAGCGUUUUGGACGUACCCUUUGAGAGCAUGACGCGUUCAUCGCGGUUCCCCGGUGGAUUGACCACAACGACUUCGUCUCCGGGUUCUGGGGGUGCGUUGGCCACCGUGCUGGUGCGGCCUGGAGCCAAGCGCGCGUCGAGUAGCCAUAGCAUUGAACGGCUUAAGAAUACAUUCCGGAGCAUGUCACCGCCCAAGCUACGUGGUCGCAAUGCAGAAGAAGAGUGGGUGCAACGUCAGGCUGAGGAGCGUGCGCAUAGAGAAAUGAAGCAGCAAAUUGAGAAGCAGCAGCAACUGCGACAACAGCAGCUUGCUGAACGCGAAAAGUCAACCAAGGAGAAGCCGAGUAAAACAGAAUCGUCGGAUAAGCUCACUGGGAUUAAUACUGUAACUACUACCACCCCUACUUCUACAGCAAUCGUACGCGCGUCACAGAUACCUCCACCGUCAAAAGUAUACCGCGUUGAGCGUGACCCGAAAGAUGAUAUUCAUGGGUUCAUUGUGCGCGACUUGUGGCGACGCAGCAGACUUCCGGACACAACUCUUGCGCAGAUUUGGACUUUGGUCGACCGCAACCACGACGGCACAUUAGACCGUGAGGGAUUUCUUGUAGGGACCUGGCUGGUGGAUCAAUGUUUGUACGGGCGAAAGCUGCCACACAAGAUUGACGAUGCAUUAUGGCGAAGUGUAAGCCGGCUGGGCGUGACGGUUGAAAUUCUUAAAAAGAAGCAACUGCGGCAGCGCGAACGGCAGCAACGGCAUGAACAACGGCAACACGAACAGCAGCUUAAGCGGCACGCACAGAACCAUCGUGUUAAAACACUACAUGGUCCGACAAUUGCCGGGCACCAUGUGGUACCACAUAAGCAUCACAAGCACGAUACUUUGGUGGUUGCAGAGGGCGAUGUUGCUGGAGAGGUUGGCGAUAAGCAGGCCAAGCGGGCGCUCAAGAAGCAGCAGAAGUUGGACGACAAGCAGCGCAAGGAGAAGAAAAAGUUGGAGAAGAAGCAGCGCAAAGAGCUUGAAAAGGAGCGGCUCCGGGAGCUGGAGAAGUAA